CGUGUCUAUGACAUCACAGGCCGACGCUCACAUCCGAACCAAACAAACAACUCACAGCACUGAGCGUAGCGUGGUUUAGUUCCUUUCUUCGGUUCCUUUGUUAAGAUAAACAAAUAAAAUGGCUGUUAGCAGACUGACGAUUGUGAAAUUCGCCGAAUUGGCACUGGCCAUCGCCAUCUUGAUCAUCCACUACCAGACUAUCGAGGAGCCUGUUCCCUUCAAUGCCCUCAUCACCACUGGUACAUACGCUGGUUUCGCUCUCAUCGUGGUAGGAACCUUCCUUGGCUUCAUCACUGGCAACUCCAUCAACAAGUCUGUGGACCUGUUUUUCUGUGUUGCUGGAGCCAUCUUGUACCUCCUGUCUGCGUGGUUCACUUACAACCACUUCUCCGGAUGGAAGUUCAACACCAGCCAUGCCAACCUGGGUAUAACCAAGUCGGUGCUUGCUCUGGUCCAGGGAAUCGUCUUCAUUGUUGACGCUUUCUUCACAUUCAAGGUUGAAUAAGAAAACAACCCUAAGCCAUCAAAACUGUUUACGUUAUUGGGCAAAGCCUGUGGAAAUCAUAUUUCAUAUCAAGACUCAAGAAAUCGCCAUAAAAUUGAAAAGUUUUAAGAAUGUAAAGGUUGUUAAACUCUAAACUCUACUCUUUCAGAGAAUGUAAUGAGUUUUGUACGUUAGGUAAAUUUUUCAUCCUGAUUCACAGGUGCUGUUAAUAAGCGAAUUUGGAAAUCAUAUUUUUAGAAUCAUUUAAUCAUGGGGUCGAUUCUGUCCUAUUUAGAGUGUUAAAUGUGAAUCUCAAAAUUAAAGAUCAUCUAAGACUCCAACAAAAACAUCAUUUCAUUUCUACUUAAUUAUUACUCUUAAGUUAUUUUGUACUGUAGUUUAUAGGUUAUGUAAUUUUAAUUUCUAACAUUUCAUAGUACAUGAUGAAAAGUGUUCACUCCCAUUAAUUCAUAGUCUUUUAUUUAUUUUGUGAAGUAGUUCUUUAGUUAUCCUUACAAAAGUGCAAAUGAUAUACCAAUGAAUUCAUCCAGUGAACUUUCUGCCAAUUUUAUCCAUUGUUGUCAGUGUAAAGUAUAUAUUUUUAACAAUAAAGUUUAUAUUUUCAGUA